AUGCUUUCCACGAAGUCAGUUUCAGGAAGGAAGAAGAGUCUCAUGAAAGCAUCGCGAAAAGAUCAAAAGGUCAGAGCCAUCCAGGCCCCGGGGCGAACCGAGCAUGUGGUAGCCUUUUCGGUAUCUCGCGCUAGCCAUCUUGGGAUGCGGAAGACGCAUACUUUAGCUUUGCUUCAACCUCCGAUGAACUUGAUUCACACCUCAAAUGGGGUUCUUCGUAGUCCAUUUGACCGACACCUAAGCAUGUCAUUUCCCCUCUCCUAUCGCUACUCCAACUCAGAUUCCCAUCUCCACGAUGAUUCCCGGAUGCAACACCUUUUCACUCUAUUCACAACCGUCGAUGACAAUGAAGGAGUCCCGCCCCAGAAACUAAGACUGCUAGCAAUGAGUUCGAGCUCAGUUUACAUCCUCAAAAAAGUCUCCAACGCAGUUCUAAUUCUCGACGAAACUGUGCAGUUAGACUCAAGCGUAGCGAUGGGACUCGGAAACAACAUAAAGCCCAAAACAUCUAAUAUUCCAGGCUAUAUGUGCUUUUCCUUUUUACUGGAGCCAUUCAAGACGUCUCGACGACCAGCGUUCACCAAGAAAAGGAGGAAGUGCCAAGAAGUCAUCAUCCUCUCGCUUAACUUACUAUAUCGGGUCAACCCACACACCUCAAAAUUUUCCGCACCACUCGUUCUCCUCCUUCUCCACACUACCACCAUGCCUUCCCAACCCAAAACUGCUCGCCGUGAAUACAAUAAGCCUACCCUUACUAGCAUCUAG